GCUGUCCGUCUGAAGUUAUAAAAUUAAAACUCUUUACUUUGGGUUCUGGCACUUGUUGCUGCCGUUGCGUGCUUGGAAAUCGUCAGUUUGAACCGUUACUGUCGUGUUCUUGGGGUUUCCUCCCGCGUGGAGCAUGAACUCCAUCGACCCUUCAGCUCACCACAACUCCUCUCCAACCGUCAGCUCUCUCCAACCCCAGCCCAAGAACACCCAUGAGCCGCCGGAGAUGGCUGUCUACUGCGACAACUUCAGUAUGUACCAUCAAUCUGGACUCCAGAGCGCACAGAGACCUGCUGGAUACGGCCUCGGAGACUACGCGUCAUCCCCCAAUCCGUACCUGUGGCUAAACGGACCCGCCGUCAAUUCCUCCAGCUCUUACCUGCACGGCAACAACACAGCAUCGUUUAUGCCUCCUUCUUAUGGGACACAGCGACAGUUCCUCGCUAAUUCCCCCGGGUUCGCAGGACCGGACCUGGGCUGGCUCUCCAUCGCAAGUCAGGAAGAGUUGCUGAAGUUAGUUCGACCUCCGUACUCCUAUUCGGCCCUCAUCGCCAUGGCGAUCCAGAAUGCGCACGAGAAGAAGUUGACCUUGAGCCAGAUCUACCAGUACGUAGCUGAUAACUUCCCGUUCUACAAGAAGAGCAAGGCGGGAUGGCAGAACUCCAUCAGACACAACCUGUCACUCAAUGACUGUUUUAAAAAAGUACCCCGCGACGAGGAUGACCCAGGCAAAGGGAACUACUGGACACUGGAUCCUAAUUGCGAGAAGAUGUUCGACAACGGGAACUUUCGUAGGAAGCGGAAACGUCGAUCAGACUCCACUAACGGGAUCAAGACAGAGGAGGGACGAGCCGCCCAGGCCACCAAGCCCUCGGACAGCCCACAUCUCAUUGACCCCGCCUCCCCUGACAUGGAUGGGGUCGGCGAGGGUCAUAAGAGCUCCUCUGGCCUGGCGUCCAGCAGCACUCCGUGUUUUAAUAACUUCUUCAGUAGCAUGGCGACGUUGGGAUCCGGGCCCCUGGGGGCCUCCGGGCCCCUGGCCUCCGGACCCCCCGGCAGGCAGGCUGGCUCUCUGGGGCUGGUCAAUGAGCUGAGCAACAGGAACAUUACGGCCCUCCACAGCAGCCCGUACCACAAUCACGCCCCGGCCCCGGUCCCGGACAGCCACAGCCCAGGGCUCUCGGAGGCCAGCCACCACGGCCAUCCAGCGGACAGCCUGUCCCACUUCAACAGGGGAGUUUACUACAACACCUUCAGCGGCGGGGGUCAGGCUGGACAGUUCAACAGCCACUUCUAUAACAGCUUCAGCGUCAACAGUCUCAUAUAUCCCAGAGAGGGCACGGACGUAUAACUGAGGACAUACGUAGCCGUGGACAUUUGGACAUGUGCGUGUUGACAUGGGUUAUGGCAGCUCCAAGUGGCUUGGCCAAUCAGAUGGCUGACCAGUACAUGGCCUUCACAGGACAGAGACAGUGCUCUGAUGUCAGCAGACGUAAAAAAGUGGGCAGCUUCGUUGACCUGUUCAUGUUACCAGGCUAUUAGUGGAUUUAGAUCACCUCAUAUAGUUCACAUGAUGUACCCAAAGGCCCGUAAUCCAGGCCUCUAAUCCAAGCCAACACAGAGAGGAAUGCACAGCAGUCGCAUGGUAACAAUGCUCAUAUUUACCCAAAACAUUUUUAUGAGAACCUUUCGCUUGCUAUCCUGACGUUUAUAUCAAGAUGAAUAAUUGGCUAUGUAGACACAUAGUCAGCCUUACUGAUACCAUACUGCUAGCCUAUCACUGAUACUAAUCCAACAUUACAGCUAACUGACACUUAUCCAACAUUAAGGCUGGGACCACUGACACCAAUACAAAAUUUAGACUAGCACCACUGACACCAAUCCAACAUUACUGCUAACGCCACUGACACCAAUCCAACAUUAUGGCUUACACCACUGACACUAAUCCAACAUUAUGGCUUACACCACUGACACUAAUCCAACAUUACUGCUAACGCCACUGACACCAAUGCAACAUUAUGGCUUACACCACUGACACUAAUAUGUACACCAAUGAGAUCGCUGUGUACACAGGUACUGAAGUCAGUACACUCCAAUCACUAAGACAGGUACUGAUGGCAGUAUACACCAAUCACUAUGACAGGUACUGAUGGCAGUACACACCAAUCACUAUGACAGGUACUGAUGGCAGUAUACACCAAUCACUAUCACAGGUACUGAUGGCAGUAUACACCAAUCACUAUGACAGGUACUGAUGGCAGUACACACCAAUCACUAUGACAGGUACUGAUGGCAGUACACACCAAUCACUAUGACAGGUACUGAUGGCAGUAUACACCAAUCACUAUGACAGGUACUGAUGGCAGUAUACACCAAUCACUGUGACAGGUACUGAUGACAGUAUACACCAAUCACUAUGACAGGUACUGAUGGCAGUAUACACCAAUCAUUAUGACAGGUACUGAUGGCAGUAUACACCAAUCACUGUGACAGGUACUGAUGACAGUAUACACCAAUCACUGUGACAGGUACUGAUGACAGUAUACACCAAUCACUAUGACAGGUACUGAUGGCAGUACACACCAAUCAUUAUGACAGGUACUGAUGGCAGUAUACACCAAUCACUGUGACAGGUACUGAUGACAGUAUACACCAAUCACUAUGACAGGUACUGAUGGCAGUAUACACCAAUCACUGUGACAGGUACUGAUGGCAGUAUACACCAAUCACUAUCACAGGUACUGAUGGCAGUACACACCAAUCAUUAUGACAGGUACUGAUGGCAGUAUACACCAAUCACUAUCACAGGUACUGAUGGCGGUAUACACCAAUCACUAUGACAGGUACUGAUGGCAGUAUACACCAAUCACUAUGACAGGUACUGAUGGCAGUACACACCAAUCACUAUCACAGGUACUGAUGGCAGUACACACCAAUCACUAUCACAGGUACUGAUGGCAGUAUACACCAAUCAUUAUGACAGGUACUGAUGGCAGUAUACACCAAUCACUGUGACAGGUACUGAUGGCGGUACACACCAAUCACUAUGACUGAGGCACUAAAUAUGUUAAUGUGUGUAUUUGUAAUGGGGCCUUAAUAAUGGUUCAGGAGCAUUUUCACUGAAAUCACAAUUUAGGCUCUGGAGUGUACAAAAGUAUUUUGUACAUUUUGUAAAUAGAGUAAUUGUAUUUUAGUAAAUUAUAAAUAUUAGUUUGUUACUAUUUAUGCCAUUGUUAAAUUAUGUACAUACUUUAUUGUUCUUGGCCCAUAGUUUUAGUGGGGUUAUUUUAUAUAUGUGUGCGAUUUGUCAUUUUACCAGUUUAACAGAGACACCCAGGUGGGAACACCCCGGCUGAAACAACAUAAGGAAAGCCGAUUGGAUUGGAAAAACGUUAUAAAUGUAAAAUAAUUACUCCAAUUAUUAUUUUUGUAUAUUUUGCGCAAGAAUUUACCAUCCUCGUGCAAAAAAAAAAUUGCAUUGAAAGUAUGAGUGUUAGUUUUUGUAAUUGCGACCAGAAAUCAGAGUUUACACAUCUGUUAUUUAACCACUACAUCACUGAUGGGAUUGCAUCAUCAGUUCUCAGGUUUCAAUAUAACAUCACCACGCAUUCCUCAUAAUAUGUGAGCAGUAGUAAUAUUAAUAAUAAUAGCAUUUUCUGUUUAUGUUUGUCUUCUCAUAUCCUACGCAUUA